UAAAAGUAGUCGGUGAUCGGUUUACGGGUAGUAUCUCGGCAAGUGUCAUCGUGGCCCGUGGUCACACAACAAAAUGGCUUUAAAAUUUUUACCAUGGCUAAUAGCAUUGAUCGUUUGUGUGCAUAGCAAAUCACCGUAUAAAAUAUGUGUGCCGGCACAGUUCUUAAAGGACUGCGAGAUCAUGCUAGAAGUGGAAACAAAAAGUAAGGAGAAACUUGAAUGUGUUCCUGCGAGAGAUAGAAUGGAAUGCCUCUACUACGUGCAACAACGACAAGCAGACUUCGUGCCCGUAGACCCUGAAGAUAUGUACGUCGCAUCCAAAAUACCGAACCAGGAUUUUGUUCUCUUCCAGGAGUACAGGACCGAAGACGAACCAGAUGCGGAAUUCCGGUACCAAGCUGUGAUCGUGGUCCACAAGGAUUUGGCGAUCAAUAGCCUGGACGAGCUCAAAGGAUUAAAGUCUUGCCACACUGGGAUCAACAGAAACGUCGGAUACAAAAUACCGUUAACGAUGCUGAUGAAACGUGCCGUGUUCCCAAAAAUGAACGAUCAUUCGAUAUCGCCGAAGGAAAAUGAGCUGAGGGCGCUAUCUUCGUUCUUCAAGCAGUCCUGCAUUGUUGGCACUUGGUCACCGGAUCCGAAGGUCACAAGUGUUUGGAAGCAACAUUACAGUAAGCUGUGUUCAUUGUGUCAACACCCUGAUAAAUGUGACUAUCCUGAUGACUUCAGCGGUUACGAAGGGGCACUCAAAUGUCUGGCCCAUAAUGGUGGUGAAGUGGCUUUCACUAAAGUCUUCUACGUGCACAAAUUCUUCGGUUUACCCUUGGGUACAAUACCAGCAUCACCUUCAUCAGAAGACCCAACCAAUUUCAGGUAUCUUUGUGUGGACGGAUCUAAAGUGCCAGUAGGUGAUAAGAGACCUUGUUCAUGGGCAGCCAGACCUUGGCAAGGUCUUCUUGGUCACAACGAUGUGUUGGCUCGCCUCUCGCCCCUGAGAGAGAAAAUUAAACAGCUUUCUACCUCUGGUGUAAAUGCGAAACCGGGCUGGUUCAUAAACGUGUUGGGUCUUUCUGAGAAGAUUCACCACGUGGCUGACAACAUUCCAAUCAAGCCUACGGAUUAUUUGAAAAAAGCUAACUACACUGAGGUGAUUGAGAGAGGACAUGGUGCCCCUGAACCAGUAGUCAGAAUGUGUGUGACGUCAAGUGUGGCUCUGGAGAAAUGUCGUGCGAUGUCUAUAUUCGCAUUCAGCCGAGACAUCCGACCCACACUGGACUGUGUGCUGGAAUCUUCAGACGACGACUGCUUGAAAAGCGUCCGAGACAAUGGCUCUGACCUGGCCGCAGUGGACGACGUGAGAGUAGCGUCUGCUUCCAACCAAUAUGGCCUCCAUCCGGUCUUCCACGAAGUAUAUGGACCAAAGAAGGUGCCAAAUUUUGCCGUGGCUGUCGUUAAAAAAGGCUCUUCUUUGAAGACUAUUGAUGACUUGAAGGACAAACGGUCAUGUCACAACUCUUACGGCACGUUCAGUGGUCUGCACGCACCGUUGUUCUACCUAAUCAACAAGGGGAAAAUUACUCCUUCUCCCGGUCAGUGCGUCCAAAAGAUGUCGGAAUUCUUCUCGUCUGGAUCAUGCUUGCCUGGAGUAGAUAAAUCAGAAAAUAAUCCUAGUGGAGCCGACGUAUCAUCGCUAAAGAAACAAUGUUCGAGCGACAACACUCCACUCAGAUGUCUUCAAGACGGCCGUGCUGAUGUCGCAUUCGUGUCCAGUGCAGACUUAGACAACUACGACGAAUCCGAAUAUGAAUUGCUCUGCCUGAAUACAGAAGCAGGAGGUCGCGACAAACUAUCCAACUACCAGACGUGUAACAUUAUCGUGGCGCCUUCUAGAACUUGGCUGUCGGCUAAAACCAGCCAGUCUGAUGUGUCCAUAGCCCAUACUCCGUUGAGUCUAGCAGAGUUGCUGGACAAGAGAAACGAUCUCUUCAAUAUUUAUGGAGAAUUCUUCAAGAACAAUAAUGUGCUGUUUACUAAUGGAGCUACGAGCUUAGCGAGUACGUUGAAUUUCGAUUUCAACAAGUUCAAGACUGUUCACGAUGUUAUUUCUAACUGUGGUAUAGCUUAGCCUGGUGAUUUACAAUGAAAAAAGUGAUUUCAAUUUAUUUUUAAAUAAGUUUCGCAUUUGCUUAUAUUAAUUUUAUGUAAGUUUCUCGUUUAGAAUAACUAAAAUAGGUUUAAUUUUAUUGCAAUGGGAAACACCAUUCCAUUCAGAAGUCUAAGUUUUGUUAUAUUACCUACCUGACAUUAUAUAAUGAUUAUAAUUAAAUAAAUACAUACGUCCCGAGA